CAAGUAUGCUGCCAAAGAGCAUUUCAUCAUUUUUAGAGCGAGAAACAAAACCCUAAAAUUCCACGAUCUCCCCUCGACCUCAAUUAUCUUUCCCGACUCCCGAGGAAUCUAGUUGAUUCUGGUUGAAAUCAGGUCUCAGUUUAACCUAAUCUUCCAUGAAUUUCAAUUUUCCCAACCUUAACCAACUAUAAUGUCGGAUAAUGAGAAAAACGCCCUUGUCAACUCACCCACAAGCUCCCGGUCGAUCACGGAGACGGUGAAUGGCUCUCACCAUUUCGUUAUACAGGGUUAUUCGUUAGCCAAGGGUAUGGGAAUUGGAAAACACAUAGCUAGCGAUAAUUUCACGAUCGGAGGUUAUCAGUGGGCGAUAUACUUCUACCCUGAUGGGAAAAACCCUGAAGACAAUUCGACAUAUGUUUCAGUCUUCAUUGCACUUGCCAGCGAGGGCACCGAUGUGAGGGCGUUGUUCGAGUUGACUCUGGUGGAUCAGAGUGGCAAAGAGAAGCACAAGAUUCAUAGCCAUUUUGAUCGGUCUUUGGAGAGUGGUCCGUAUACAUUGAAAUACCGAGGCAGCAUGUGGGGAUACAAGCGGUUCUACAGGAGAGCUCUUCUUGAGAGUUCAGAUUAUCUGAAAGAUGACUGUUUGAGAAUCAACUGUACUGUUGGAGUAGUGGUGUCAGCAGUAGAUUGUCCUAGGUUACAUUCAAUUAAGGUACCAGAAUCUGAUAUUGGAUCACAUUUUGGUAUGUUGUUGGAUAACAAAGAAGGUUCAGAUGUUGUGUUCAAUGUAUCUGGACAAAAAUUCCAUGCCCAUAAGUUGGUCUUGGCUGCUCGAUCACCAGUAUUUCGGUCUGUAUUCUUCAAGCAAGAUGGAGAUGAACAUGAUGAGAUUGAUGUUGCUGACAUGGAACCAAAAGUUUUUAAGGCUAUGUUACACUUUAUUUACAGAGAUGCCCUUAUGGAAGAUGAGUUGGGAUCGAGUUGUUUCUCUGAAACCUGUGUGUCUGAUUCGUUGAUAGCCAAGUUGUUAGCUGCUGCUGAUAAGUAUGAUUUGGGGAGACUUAGAAGGAUGUGUGAAUCUCAUCUUUGUAAGGGUAUAUCUGUCAAUUCUGUUGGUAGAGCUCUAGCACUUGCUGAUCGUUAUCAUGCCACAGAAUUGAAAGCUGUUUGCUUAAGAUUUGCUGCUGAAAACCUUGCAGCGGUUAUGAGAUCAGAUGGGUUUGAGUAUCUGAAAGAGAAAUGUCCGAAACUGCAGUCUGAGCUUCUGAAAACAGUUGCAGGGUGUGAGGAUGAUGAUUGUAGCAGUAACAGUGGUGGUGGUCGUGGUGGCGGCAAGUCGCGCAGUGUUUGUGGUCAGCUUUCAGAUGGUGGAGAUACAAAUGGGAGGCGGGUCAGGCAAAGGACUUGAGUUCUUGAACAAUCUUGACUUCGAUUUUAACAAACAAAACAAACAGGUUCAUGCCUUUCCUUUUAACAUCAUCAUUACACACACGCUUGUCUUUAUGUAAAAAACGAAAAAAAAAAAAAAAAAACUGUAGAUUUGGAUUUGGUCAUUUUUUUAUUUAGCAAAAGUCAUUGUUGUUGUUAUAUACGUAUUGGUGGUGGACUGGUGGU